CUCCGGCCCGGCAGCCUCAGCCCUGGCAAGACGAAGCCGGAGGGCUCUCCGGGAUGGGGAGAGGAGGAGGAGGAGAAAGAGGAGAAGGAGGGGGGCUGCUAAAAAUACCGCCCUGUGCCGGGGGAGCGCGCCGGGCCGGGCCGGGCUGCGCUGCGCAGUGAGCGCGCCGCAGUGCGCGGAGCGGGGAGCGCCGCAGGCAUGCUCGGCCCGCUGCUGGGCUCCGCCGGCUCCGGCUGCCUGCUGCUGGAGUUUGCCGUGUCGCUCGUGGAGAAGAUGCAAGCUCAGGAAAUCCUGCGGAGCCUGCGGCUCCCCGAAUUCGAUGACCUCAGCCAGUUUUUCCGCAACCUGCCCACCACAGCGCUGGUGGGCAUCGGUGCCUUCGCGGCUGUCGUGGCCUACUGGUUCGCCAGCCGGCCCAAGGCCGUGAAGCCGCCCUGCGACCUGCGGAUGCAGUCCGAGGAGGUCGAGGGCCUGGACGGGGCGCGGCGGUCGGUGAUCGGGGACAGCCCGCAGCUGCUGACGCACUACUACGACGAUGCCAGGACCAUGUACGAGGUCUUCAGGAGGGGAUUCAGCAUCUCUGAAAACGGCCCCUGCCUGGGGUUCAGGAAGCCCAAGCAGCCGUACCAGUGGCUGUCAUACAGAGAGGUGGCUGAAAGAGCAGAAGCUCUGGGCUCGGGACUGCUGCAGCAGGGCUGCAAACCAUCCACCAAGCAGUUCAUCGGGGUCUUUGCUCAAAACCGCCCAGAGUGGAUCAUUUCUGAGCUGGCUUGCUACACCUACUCCAUGGUGGUGGUUCCCCUCUAUGACACCUUGGGUCCCGGAGCCAUUCGUUACAUCGUCAACACAGCUGACAUUUCCACAGUCAUUUGUGACAAACCUGAAAAAGCCAGAACGCUGCUUGACCACGUGGAAAGGAGAGAAACGCCGGGUCUCAGCUCCAUCAUCCUGAUGGACCCAUUUGAGAAGGAGUUGAUGGAGAGAGGAAGGCGCUGUGGGGUCCGCAUCCAGACCAUGCAGGAGGUGGAGGACUGCGGCCGGGAGAGUCGACAUGCGCCUGUGCCUCCUCGACCAGAAGACCUAUCAAUUGUCUGUUUUACUAGUGGCACUACAGGAAACCCCAAAGGUGCUAUGCUGACUCACGGGAACGUGGUUGCCGAUUUUUCGGGCUUUUUGAAAGUGACGGAGAGUCAGUGGUCUCCUACUUGUGAGGAUGUACACAUUUCCUAUUUGCCUUUAGCACACAUGUUUGAGAGAAUGGUACAGUCCGUAGUGUACUGCCACGGGGGGCGGAUUGGCUUUUUCCAAGGAGACAUCCGCCUCUUGUCUGACGACAUGAAAGCUCUGCGUCCCACCAUCUUCCCCGUCGUGCCGCGGCUGUUAAACAGGAUGUACGACAAGAUCUUCAGCCAGGCAGACACCUCCCUGAAGCGCUGGAUUCUGGAGUUUGCCGCCAAGCGGAAAAAAGCAGAAGUCCGAAAUGGGAUCAUCAGAAACGACAGCCUGUGGGACAAGCUGUUCUUUAAUAAAAUACAGGCGAGUCUCGGCGGCUGCGUCCGCAUGAUAGUGACCGGCGCUGCCCCUGCCUCUCCCACCGUCCUGGGUUUCCUGCGGGCGGCCCUCGGGUGCCAGGUCUAUGAAGGUUACGGCCAAACAGAGUGCACAGCUGGGUGCACCUUCACCACCCCAGGUGACUGGACGUCAGGUCAUGUAGGAGCCCCUUUGCCCUGCAACUUAAUCAGACUGAAGGAUGUGGAAGAGCUGAAUUAUUUUGCUUCCAAAGGAGAAGGAGAGAUAUGUGUGAAAGGACCGAAUGUUUUCAAGGGUUAUCUGAAAGACGAGGAGAAGACGACUGAAGCGCUGGACCAGGAGGGCUGGCUUCACACUGGAGACAUUGGGAAAUGGUUACCUAAUGGGACUCUUAAAAUUAUUGACCGGAAAAAGCAUAUAUUUAAACUUGCUCAGGGAGAAUAUAUUGCACCGGAGAAGAUAGAGAAUAUCUAUAUCCGUAGUGAUCCUGUUGCCCAGAUCUAUGUCCAUGGAGACAGCCUGCAGGCUUUUCUGGUGGGAAUUGUGGUGCCGGACUCUGAAGUUAUGCCAGGCUGGGCAAAGAAAAGAGGGUUUGAUGGAACAUACCCAGAACUCUGUAAAAACAAGGAACUGAAGCAAGCAAUAAUGGAAGACAUGGUACGGUUAGGUAAGGAGAGCGGACUUCACUCCUUUGAGCAGGUAAAAGCCAUUUACAUUCACUCUGAUAUGUUCUCGGUACAAAACGGUUUGUUGACACCAACGUUAAAGGCUAAGAGACCAGAACUGAGAGAUUACUUCAAAAAACAAAUAGAAGAGCUAUAUUCCAGCAUCUCCAUCUGAAACCACAGGAAGAAUCUUCUGAAUAAUGGACUUUGUAGCAAUAUUAGAGUAAUACUCAAAAGUACAGAGCCAGAAUGACACAGCCGAAACGGAUAAACAUCUGAAUCUUACAUUUGAGCCUUUUGUUUUAGGAUUUCACCACUAACCAUAUUUUCCCUUUUCCUUUUUUUUUUUUUUUUUUCAUCGGGUGUGAUACAAUUUUUACUCUACGUCCACAGUAGGGCACUACCAAGAAUUAUGCUAAGUUGCCACAAAAUAUACAGCAAUUUCAAUCCACGACCAAGUAAAUUAUGGAAACUUAUCUUAUUAAUAACUACAAAUAUUUCAAAUAAAACUAGGGAAAAUUUCAGGUAUGUCUGUUGAUAUUUGAUUGUAUAUAACCUAACACAUUAGAGCCUAAAAUUGUGCAUAAUUCAAUAAUGUGGUCUACCUCAAGCUAUCAGUGAUUGAUGGUGAAAGCCUAUUUUCCCUGAUCUGGAACUUCAAGAUGGAUAUUGGUUUAUAUAUUAAGUGAUAGUUUUUAUAUUUUCCAGGACGUAAAUUACAUCGAUUUGAUUUAAUCAUUAAUGACCUAACAACCAGAAUAGAAAUAGGAAGAAAUCUCCUGGUAUUUGUACUUAACAGGCCUAGUAGUAUACUACACCCUAGGGAAUAAUAUUACCUUGAGAUUAGAAGAACAUGCUAGCAAGCGGUAGGGUAGAAGUCCCCCUAUUUCUCCCCAUCCAAACCCAGCCCACCCACAGCAUGCUGACUUCUCCCCAGGGUCUCCUCCAGCACAGCCCCCAUGGGCAUCCCAGUGACCCGAAGGAUGCUGGAGCGCUGCUGGCUCUGCAGAGCUGAACAAAGCAAAAAAGCCUGCAUGAGAGCCGGUGCAGUGAGGUCGCAUUAACCUAUGUGCUCUCGGUCCCUAACUUAUUACUUUACAUGCUGCUAAUACUGCAUAGGCUGGUCGGGCCAGCUCCCUUUCAGAACACUAUGGAAAUGGAGCGUAUCCUCCAGCACGCUGGGACAAGGAAGGAACACUGCUCCGGACAGGCUGAGAGAGCUGUUUCGGUUGCAAGGUGACGCGGCGUGGUAGAGCCCUGGACGUGGCUGCAGAAAGGUCUGCUAGGAAAACAUCCCCACAUUCUGAUGCCUUGGUUCCCAUUGACGUCGCUGCCAGUGGCCUCUCUGGAAAAAGCAGCAAACUUCGGGAUGAAGCCUUGGAUUCACAACCAGCUGCAGCCGUUGGAAGGGGUCAAGUCCCCUGUGGAACAGGAACGGAUGCUGGAGCGCUCUCCUGAUGUGAAGCACAGUACAAAGCAGUCAGAAAAGGUACUGUGAAUAUUGGGACUGUUGGUGGCUUCCUCCUGUGAACAGGGUCCUAACACAUAUCCGUGUACGUUAACAGCUGCUGUUUGUUGCACCGGAGCGUGCUAGCAUGGAGCUGUGCCUGCUAGAUCGUCCUUGCUAGGACAGUGAGAGCACACAUUUUUUUCUCUUAGAAUUGGAAUCCAUUGUAGGCCUUUGAAGCUAAAAGAUUAAAUUAUUAAUCUGAAUUAUCUCUCAUUUUCCCUCUGAAAUUCCAUUGCAUGCUUUAAAAAUUAAAUAAAUUGAGUUAAUGAGUUAGUUUUACACAAAGACUGAUUUAUUGCAGUAAUUUCAGAACAAAGUGAUCUGUUAGCAUAAUCACUCACACACAGAACAAGGCAAUCUGAACUAUCAAGUGUUGAAGUGUUUGUCUGAGUCCCUUUUGUGCCUGAUUCCUCAUUCGUUUCCAGUGUAAUGAUUCAUAUCAGUCCAAGGCAAGUAAGAAAUAUCACUGCUGUGACCAGACAGCAUUGUACAUUCAUUUUUUUCCAAUAUACACAGCAACAGCAUCCCUGGGGAACUUGGGCGUGUGGCACGAAUUACUGUACAAAAUCUGGCUCUUUAGAUCAGGUCACACAGGAAUUUCAUCUCUGAGGAGUCUAGUCCGUCUCCUGUCUGUAUCAGCCAAAAGACAGCAGUUGGGCGCUUCAGAGCAACAAAGAGCUAGACUCAGUACAAUUUCCUCUCUUCUAAGGCACCAUACCUUUUGAAUAAUAAUAAUAAAAAAAUAAAAAGGUAACUAGUCAUCUAAGAAAGUAUAGAAAAGCUGUUUUCCACUGACCUUUUUCUACCACCUGAAUUGAAUUUACUUUUCUCCUAAGGUGAUUUCAGUUGACCAGACUUUUCUGGACCACUGAACUCUGUGUAUAAGCAGGGAAGCUCCCAAUACGAGUUUACUUAAGGCUGUUAUCUGUAAGUGUAUGAUGCUGCUUUGUUACUUGAUAAUAAAAGGAAAAGUAUGGACCACAAUAGGAUGAAGCAAAAUCUGAGAGAAACUUGAGAGAAAUUCACUUCUGAAGUGUGAAUAUUUUCAGAACUUGUGGAAAGCUGUUUGAAUAAACUAAGAGCUGUCUCUAUUACUUUCUUGUCUAAUCAGAUUUUCCUCUGCAGAUGACUCUCUCACCAUAACCAUAACAAAUGUUGCAAGAGAUUAAAACUUGCCAUGAGUACAUGCACAAGGCAUGUGCUAGGCAUAAACAUGCUUCUCUUCAAAUUCCAGGAAUGUUUGUUUUUCUUUGAGCUCUCUUAAACUGAUGUACUUCUUGUGACCACCAAGGAAACCCCCAGGGUUGUCCAGCAACCAGUUUAUUUUUUUUUUCUCAAGAUAACCAAUUACAAAAUUAAUUUCUAAUACACUUCUUAUUUAAGGAGUUGAGACUCAAGAGCCAUUGCAUAAACAGCAGUGCAUGUUACGCUUCUCUGUAAACAGCACUAUUCUUGAUGGCUUCAAGAUGACCGUUGUUAACUACUGUCAUUGUGGCAUUCAUUCUGCAUCCAAGUAUAUGAGAAAAUACAAGGCCACUGAAAUCAGCACAUCUCUGCUCUGGUACUGCAGGUGGGAUUCGUGCAAAAACACCUUUGCCUUGAGCAGUCGAGUGUGACAAAGUAAUUUUACAGCCCUUUUCCCCAGAAGGCUUUGUAGUAUGUGUGCUGCAGAUUGCGACUUUCUGUAUUCUCUUAAAAAUGGGAGGCUCUUCCUGGGCCUGGUGCUAUGCCUGUGAAAUCACUGGAAGACUGCCUCCAGUGCUUGUAUAUGAAAAUCAGAGUAACAUACUUUUUCCAGGAAGAGAAUAUUGCUUAGUUAUUUAUUUUGUAUGCUCUUUGCUCCAUAUAUUGCACAGACAAAAUACCAUGCUGCCACAGAAAUGGUCAAAGACACACAAAAGUGUGCAUAGAAACCAUGAGACAGUCUUAAUGCCACGUUGGCAGAAAUGCACAGAAUGAUUCUGUCCUGAAAGGCACAUUUACAGGUUAAAAUAGUUGAUAUAGAUCAGGUAAGAGAGAAACGGUGAGUUGUUUAUUGAUGAAGUACUAUUUUGCAAUCUAUCAUCACUAUUAGUAAGUACGUAUCCGCAUCAGUAAAGUCCAAUGUCAUUUUUGCCAUGGAUAUGAUUUUUUUUUUUUUUUUGCUUAUAACAAAAUAAUCUGACUUAUACAAUCUUCUGGAAUGAAACAAAUCAACUAAUUUUAUUAUUAUUUUCCAUGUGUUAAAAGCACAAACUGGUGAUCUCUAUGUAAAUAAAUUGCUACAAGAUGAAUGUAAAGUGGGAAAUAAUAUACUAUUUUUGCAUGGUAAUGGAUUACUUAAAGACCUCUUGAUGCCUUACAUAAAAUUUGGCAAAGCAUUUUAUUUAGAGGCAAUUCUAUCUGCAUCCUCUUUGUUUCUUUAUCUCAUUUUGGUUUUGUCUGUGGGAAAAAAAAAAAAAAAAAAAAAAGUUGAUACCAGAAUUAGAUUUUUGUUUCAUCUUGGAAUUAACAUUCUUCAGUACUUUGCACAUUUAAUGGUUUCUACUCUAUAGUUUCUCCUGCUAAAUGAUGAAGCUGAACCUAUUUUUGGAGGAGAGAUCUGGAUACCUGUAAUUACUGGGAGGAAUACAACUUUAUAUCUGUGGAAUUGUUCCAAAAUAAAAUGUUUUCUGAGGCAUCUAGAGCCCCUUUAAGCCCUUCACUUCAUUUCAGCUUUUGUUAUAUAUUUUAGCAAAGUACAAGCGGCAAACAAAUGAGGCAUUUUCCUAAGCGUUGCCUAUUCUAUUUUCAACGGGAAGUGAAGGGAUCAAAAUAUAACAUAUACAUUUGUGUAAAAAAAAUAAUCAACUGUAAAGUUUUCUGUUUUGGUAUAUUAGCAUGUAUAUCAAAAAGUCAGCUAUGGAAACUUUUGUAAAGAAUUGAACUGUCACAUUUCUCAGAACUGCUCCUAAGAUUUUCUCAUUGACUGACAUACAAUAAAAUCUCUUUUUAAAAAUCUGUUGUUACUCCAGCACUCUGUCCUCUGUAUGAAGUAAUUCAGAAUGUGUGCCUAUACGAAACGCGUUGUAAAAAAAUAAAAUAAGGACCAAAGGAAUAUUGGAACCUGAGAUUGAUUUUAGCAAUCUUCUACACAAAACAAUAGUUGCAAAGUCCUCUGAAGAUGCAGCAGUCUUUCUGUAAUGGUUUCAUUUUAUUUUUUAUUUUUAAUUUUAAAUCAAUAAUAAUAUAACAAAGUGUAUAUGCUUGUUUAAUAUGAAUUGACAACUGGGAAUGCAUAGUAUUUUUUCAGACUAUGUGUCUAAAACAAUAAACUUUAAAAGCAUUCAGUCUC